AUGAAUGGAAUUGGUCACAUCUCAGUUUACUUGGCAAUUGUCGAUACUGCAAAGUAUACUCCUGGCUGGGAAGUUAAUGUCAGCUUCAAAUUGUUCAUGUUCGAUCAAAUACGAGACAAGUUCUUGACCAUUCAAGAUGCUGAUGGGGCAAUUAGAAGAUUCCAUGAUAGAAGAUUUGAUGAUAUCAAAAAUGAAUGGGGCUUUCACAAAUUUCUAUCCCUUGAAUAUUUCAAAGAUCGUUCUCAAGGAUACCUUGUCAAUGAUUAUUGCGUAUUUGGUGCUGAGCUUUUUGUUCAUGACUGCUUUUCCUGUGCAAAUUGCACCUUCCCGGGAAAGGUUUAUAUACAUGACCGGGAACUGUUGACCGACCACCACUUGGACCCCAAUAUCUUACACUUGUUUGUUCAUCAAGGAAGCUUCAAGAAGGGAGCAGGAGAACUGGACCUUUUUGAUGGGUCUGUGCCUAAGGCCGGCACAGGACUGGGCCCAGGGCCUGUAUGGGCCUGUGCCCAAGGACGGCAUGAGGUUGGGCCCGGGAAUCCUUGUAGGACGUUAUUGGUUUAUCCCAAAGGAAUUUAUAAUGGAGAAAUCAAAGCGAUAUCGCUCUUCCUCUUUUCUUGUGAUUGUGUUUUACCUGAGCACAAUUUUUUUGCAGAAUUCAAGAUACGUAUAAAGGACCAAGUUAACAAUGCUCACGUAGAAAAAACAGAUAAACAUUGGUUCACUACCUCUUCGACUGAAUGGCGUUUCCCACACUUUAUGCCUCUUAAGGAUCUCCAAGAUGCAUCCAAGGGACUUCUUAUGAAUGAUGCUUUAAUUAUAGAAGGAGAAAUAAUAGUUAUGUCUAAUGUUAAGUGA